AACGGGGCACUUCGCCACCGCUCGCGAGGCAAUGCUCGCGCUAACGAGUUGCGGCUGCUCUUCUUCUUCUUCUUGGAUUCCCUCCUUACCCACCUUAAAUCGAAAGCAUUUAUCUCGUCAUCCUCAUGGCUUUUGCCCACCACUUCCAAGAAAUAUUUUUUCAAUUCAAAAAUCUGUUUUUUCCGCUAUUCACCGUUGCCAAUACUUUCUCCACAUCGACAGCCACGGUGGCAGUGGAAAAUGGCCAGUGAGAUUUAGCAGAGGGACUGUUCCGCUGGAGCUGAGCUCUGGAGAAAACGAGGAAGAUGAGGAGGAGAAUGGUUCGGUAAAGGCGAAAACGUCAGGUACAAGCGCGAGGGGAAGGAGGUUGCUUAGGGUUCGGGAGGAGAAGAGGAAGAGAGAGUAUGAUCGCAUACAUAAUUAUCCAACUUGGGCUAAGAUAUUAGAAAAUGCAUGCAAAGAUGAUGAAGAACUCCGUGCAGUUCUUGGUGAUAGCGUGGGGAACCCAGAGCUCAUGAGGAAAAGGGUAGAAGAGAGGGUUCGCAAGAAAGGCAGAGACUUUCGCAAGUCAAAAACAGGAUCGGUUCUUGCUUUCAAAGUUAGCUUCAGGGACUUUAAUCCCACAGAUUCGUUUAUAUGGUUUGAGCUAUAUUCUGCACCGUCUGAUCGUGAUUUAGAUCUCCUUGGUAGUGUAAUUCAAUCAUGGUAUGUGAUGGGGCGUUUGGGAGCUUUCAACUCUUUGAACUUACAGUUGGCAAACUCAUCGAUGAACCAUGAUCCCUUAUAUGAUGCAGAUGUUGCUGCUAAGAUCAUGCCUUCUUCAUUCCAUGACAUAAGCGAUCUAGAGUUCCAAGACAACUGGGGCCGAGUUUGGGUGGACCUCGGAACUUCUGAUUAUUUUGCUGUGGAUGUACUACUCAAUUGUCUGACUCUAUUGAGCUCAGAAUACUUAGGUAUUCAACAGGUGGUUUUUGGAGGCCGCCGCAUGGGAGAUUGGGAAGAAGGAAUGACAAGUCAAGAAGAUGGUUACAAAUUCUUCAAGAUAUAAAACGAGAUGCUGUUGUUGGCAUAAAUUUCUGAAAGAAGUCGGAUUCAAAGCCAAAAGAAUGUUUAGCUUUGUCCUCUCUUUUAUAGAGGUCACCGAAAUCUAAAACUUGCAGAGAGAACAAUGAGGCUGGAGUCCAUACAAGAAAUUGCAGUGCAUAUGGACAAAAUACUAUUAUAUUACGCAUGAACAGCAUGAUGUUGAUCAAAUUGUAAUGUAAUUUUUAGUUUUGUUUAUGUUUUCCUUUUCUUGGUGUGAAAUCUAGUUAUUUUUCAAAGGUGAAAUGUAAUGCUUUAGGACAUAGAAGUGAACUUGUUAAUUGUUUAUAAAUCCAUCUAUAAUUU